UCUGAAGGAGCUUUCGAGACAACAGAUGGAAAAGUUUACUUCACUGACCAACAGUUCAUUAUAGAACAUCUCAUUGACUUAGAGUCGAAAUAUUCUAAACUUUACAACAAACACAAAAAGUUGAAAGGAAAACAAAAACAAAUGGCAUAUGAUAUUUAUGAAGAUGUUGACGACACAACUGUUCCUGCAAGUGAAGUAAAGUCAGAGAAACCGAAAAGUGACGAAAAACCGAUAGAAGAAGAAAAACCAAAAACAGAAGAUAAACCAAAACCAAAGUUUAGUUUGGAAACUAAACCAAGUCAACCUUCAUUAGCUGGUAUGGGUUGGCGUCAAAGACUUAUGGCAGCAGGCGGUUAUGUAAAGUAA